UGGGAUACUGCCUCAAACUCCGGCCAUGGCUGCAGCGGUGUGGACUGAUCGAGGACGGAGGGCUGUGACUGUUGUUGGGACAGUGACUAGAUCCAGAUCCAGUCACGCCGGUUUAAAAUCCCAGUAUGACGCGCUGGUCAUCGGAGGAGGACACAAUGGACUGGUGGCGGCUGCCUAUCUUCAGAAGGGAGGACUGAAGACAGCAGUGUUGGAGCGCAGACAUGUGCUGGGAGGAGCAGCUGUUUCAGAGGAGAUCUUCCCUGGUUUCCGCUUCUCCAGGUGCUCCUAUUUGCUCAGUUUGUUACGACCCCACAUAUGCGCAGACCUGGAGCUCAAGAAACAUGGGCUGAAGGUGUACAUGAGAGACCCUCAUGCUUUCACCCCUAUGUUGGAAGAGGGGGUGAAAGGUGCUCCACCAAGAUCUCUCACCCUGGGCUCAGAUCUUGCCAUGAACCAGAAGGAGAUUGGCAAGUUCUCACAGAAGGAUGCUAAGGCUUUUCCAGAUUUUGUUGCACACCUUGAGAAGCUCGCAGGAGCUAUUCACCCUCUGUUGGAUGCUCCUCCAGUUGACAUUCCAGGUGUCACCACUGGAUCACUGAGGAGACGGCUGAGUGCAGCUAAAACACUGAUGCCUAUUGUCAAAUGUGGUCUGAAACUGGGCAGAAACAUUCCAGACUUUUAUGAGAUUAUAACUGCACCAAUAAUGAAGAUUCUCAAUCGGUGGUUUGAGUCAGAGCCACUGAGAGCAACACUGGCUACCGAUGCUGUGAUUGGAGCUAUGACCAGUCCAAGUAAUCCUGGUAGUGGGUAUGUGCUCUUACAUCAUGUAAUGGGAGAACUGGAGAAGGAGAAAGGAGCCUGGGGUUAUGUGGAGGGAGGCAUGGGAGGUGUGUCGCAGGCUAUUGCUAGUGCUGCGCAAUCCUAUGGUGUAGACAUUUUCACUGAGAAGGAUGUAGGACAGGUCCUAGUGGGUUCAGAUGGUGCUGCCAAGGGAGUGGUGCUAAAGGAUGGCACAGAGAUCACCAGUAAAGUUGUUUUAUCCAAUGCUACCCCACAUGUCACCUUCAAGUACCUCACGCCUCAGGCUGCCCUUUCUCCAGAGUUUGUCAGAGCCAUAGACCAGAUAGACUACACAUCACCUGUUACCAAAAUCAAUGUGGCGGUGGACAAGCUACCAAACUUCCUAGCAUCUCCCACACCAGACGAUAAACCCGGACCCCACCAUCAGUGCUCCAUUCAUCUCAACUGUGAAAGUGUAGAGGUACUGGAGACCGCGUACAAAGAGGCCAUGAAUGGACAUCCCUCAGUAAGACCCAUGCUGGAGAUGACCAUCCCCUCUGUGUUGGAUCCUACUCUGGCUCCCCCCGGCUGCCACGUUGUGUCACUGUUUACCCAGUUCACGCCCUACCAUAUAGAGGGCAGAGAGUGGACUGACCAGGAUCGGGAGGCCUUUGCAGACACUGCAUUUGACUGGGUGGAGCAAUAUGCCCCUGGAUUUAAAAAGUCGGUUGUGGGAAGGGACAUCCUGGCUCCACCCGACCUGGAGAGGAUCUUCGGGCUCACUGGAGGGAAUAUCUUUCAUGGAUCAAUGUCACUGGACCAGCUCUACCUAGCACGACCUUUGCCCUUUCUCUCAGACUACCGUUCACCAAUUAAAGGGCUCUAUCUGUGUGGCAGUGGCUGUCAUCCAGGUGGUGGUGUGAUGGGUUCGCCCGGGUGGAACGCCGCGCUGGCUGUCAUGGCUGACCUGAAACAUCGCUGAGAAACAUCUGACGGCAUCAGUGUGUCACUGUGUGUCAGAUCAACAAGGUUCAGCUUCUCUUUUGUCUGAUUUGUAUGGAUUUGACUAUGAUUUCCUGCAGGGGAAUUGUCUAGUACAUAUUAGUGCAGUACUUCUGCACAAAAUCAUCUAACUCAGCCAGGAGAAAAUCAUGGAAACAGUACAAACACAACAUGAAUGUUGAAGAGAAUUGUAAUUUUACAGUAACGGAUACUUAAUAAAAUGAAAUAAACUGUUUGUGUAAUCAUGUAAGUGACACCCAAUGGAACUUUUUACAACUUUGUAUGAAUAAAUUGAAAUGAAUUAUUUCAACUGUGCAAAAUGAAAACUGGUGUGUUUUAUUUUGCUUUCAUUCCACUGGGAUUGAAGUGUUGUUUGGGGAUAUCAGGGUAUAAACCUAAUAGAUCUUUUUUCAGAGCAGACACUUUGACUUGUCAUGGUAGGAAAACACAGGAGUUACUAAUAA